UUCUGUUUACAUAUACAUAAUAGGAUUAUUUUUUAUUUUGCAACAUCUACCGCUCCCAAACCUCGAAUUGCUCUUAAACCUCGACUAUUUGCACAUGUAUAUUUCUGAUCAUUAGGUUCAUUCAUUGAAGAAAGAUGCUCUAAAAUUAAUCAAGUCUCAUUCAUAUCUUUAAUAAAAUAUUGAGUGAUAACUAUCAAACUAUUCUCUGAAACAAAAAUAAUAUCUUUUUGAACUAAAUUUUUAUUUGUAAUUACCAUCUUCUACAUUUAUAUUUGAUAAAGAAUUAACGAUAUCGUUGUCCUCUUCUUUAAAAUUUUUACUCAAUUGCAACUUGUAAAAUUUCUGUAAAUAUUUAGGCAACUGAUUAAAAUUUCUACUCUCUAAAUCUAUUGCAUACAAUAAAAAUUGGCGAGAUAUAAAAGAAAGAUUUUGUUUAAUCAACAUUUGUCUUGCAGUGAUCAUUAAAUCUUCUAAUUUUUCCUUAUAACUACUAUGUAAGUUAUUUCCAUGUACAAUGAGCUGAAAAUAUAAUGUCAAAGUAGUUAAACUAUAGUCAAGUACAAAAUUAAAAUUUGAACUUCAAAUAUAUACUUGUUCUGUAAAAACUUGAAUGUCCUCUGAAGAACCUGUUUCUAACAACAUUUCCAUAUAAUCCAUUAAUGCAGAUUGUAAUGCGAGGAACUUGCAUGACGAAUGUACGAUAUAACUUAAAUAUUUAGAAAAUAAGACAACAGCAUUAUGAAAUUGAACUGCAUUUUCUUUCCUUAGAUCUCUCCUUUCUAAAUUUACAGAAUUAAAGAUGAAUUAACAAGUAAAUAAAUUUCAAGUAAAUAAAUUUCAAGUUAUAAGCUUCUAAUUAAAAUAUACGUAGUAAUACCUACUUUCAUAAUCAAUUUGAAAUCGUUUCACUAAGUGCUUAUAUAAACUUACACCUUCAGAAUCGCAUAUGUUUUUAAUUAUAGGAUAAUUAUAUACCAUUAGUAAUUUCAUCCCAAAGUCUCUAUUAUUUAAAGCAUAUGAGUAAAGUUUGUCGUGUAUCUCUCUGCAAUCAGUUAAAAUCAAUUAAAUUCAAAGCAAAAAUUAAUAAAAUGUUUAUAAAAACUAAACAUUUUGCAAAAAUUACUUCAAGUUUUCCUUAUUCACUUUCUCGUUAAUCAAUUUCACAACAUCUUCAGUUUUUUGUGCUACAUUUUCAUUAUUAACAAGAUUAAUGAGACUAAUAAGAUUUACAUAAAUCAUAUCAUCGGAAUAUAAUGAUUUUCCUGGUUUUGAUAAUGUAUUUCUAUCAUUUUGAGCCCAACCACGACCACGGCCAAUUGAAACCAUUUCUACUUUAAAAAGUUUAACCUAUAAAAUAAAAUAUAAAUGAUAAUCUUCUGCAGAAGAUACAUUGAUUGUUAUAAAAAUUGUAAAUAUGUUUAAAAAUAUGUAUUUCUUUCAACUUACGUAUGAUAUAUAGAUUUUCCAAUAUUCUUUUUUAUGUAUAUGUAUACAGAAAACAUAUUAUUUUUUUUUUUUUACAUAAAAGCAAUUUACGAUAACCAUAAAAUUAAAGAUUUACAAAUUCUAUAUAAAUUAUCUGUUAUAAUAUCUCUAUAAUAAAAAUCAAUCAUAACCUCAAUAACAGAUAAAUCUAAAUAUUGAUGAAAUUGAAAUAUCAUAAACUGAAUUUAUUUUUAACAAAUAAAAUUAAUAACAUUCACUCACCUGAACUGUUAAUAUAUUUCUGAAUUUAUAAAAAUGUAAUCGUUCACGCAUGCGCAUGAAGUUAAAUAUUAAGUUUUGUAACGCUGUAAGAGGUUAAAAGAAUGAUCAAUUUCUUUUAUAAAUGUGUAUUCUUUUAUAAAUGUGUAUUUCUUUUAUAAAUAUGUAUUCAUUAUUAAUAAUUAAUAAUUUUCUUUGUAAAAAUAUAAAAAUUUAUAUCUUAAUACAAUUAUCAUUUCGAAAACAACCUAUCAUCACAGAUUGUGUAUCAUAGAUAAUGAUUAAAAAUUAACAAUUCUUUAUUAAAAAAAUUUCAAAAAUUUUAUUAAAAAUUAUAAAAUUCACAUUUUUUUGAUAAUUAUAACAAUACAAUAGGCAUUUUUCAAUAAUAUUUUAUUUCUACAUAAAAAUAAUAAAUAAAACACAAGACAGACUGUCAAACUCAAUAACUACCAUUUAUAUAUGUAAAUUUCAUUUUUUUAUUUUAUCUAAUAAAUAAUAAUAAUUUCCAUUUAUCAUAGAAAAGAGAAACUGCAUUAAAAAGAUAUUCGUUAUACAUUACUUUCAUAACGUGAAUUACCCUGUUAAUACAAAUUAAUUACCCUGUUAUAGGAACAUAACAUCAAGAGGCAAAAUAAUCAAUCAAUGAACAUACUGAAAACUAUGCUUUUUCCUUUUAAGAGGUUCAAAAUUCAGAAAAUAGUGGCAUUAAUAGUAAACAGCAAAGUGAGUGUGAAUACCUAUCUGUUCAAAGCUACAGAUCUUGCCAUGACGACGGAAGAACAGUUUCAGGCGGCUGUUAAUGUGAUCAGGAAUUUACCAAAGAAUGGUGCAUAUCAACCUAGCAAUGAAAUCAUGCUGCGUUUUUAUGCAUAUUACAAACAAGCAAUAGAAGGACCAUGUCAACAACCAAAGCCAGCUUUCUGGGAAGUGGUUAAAAAAGCAAAAUGGGAAGCUUGGACACGAUUGGGCAACAUGAGCAAAACAGAAGCCAUGAAUAAUUAUGUAGAAGAAUUAAAAAAGAUUGUAGAAACAAUGUCUUAUACAGACAAAGUAGCUAAUUUUCUAGACAGUCUAGAUUCAUUUUGUGAAAGUGUUCCACCUGAAGAUUUAGAAUUACUUCUUGGUCCUGUAUUGGAACGUAUGCGUUCACAACCUGGAAUGCCAUUAUCUGGUUCUCCCUUGGCAUCAAGAGAGACAUCACCACAUAGAAUUUGCAAUAUUACUCGGCACAUUGCAAGUAGUUUAGAAACAAGCCCAGCUACUAGCCAUAGUGCAAGUCCACCAGAUACCGACGGUGAAGACGAAUUUAUAGAUACCGUUGAAUCAGCUCCAGAACGAAUACAAAAAGACACAACAAAAACAAUUAAUAUUACCCAGAAAAUGAUUAAUGGCUUAAAUAUUUCUGCUGAUAAAAAUAAUGACUUAAUUAUUCAAAAAGAGAACUCUUCAGAAUUAAUUAAUGGAUAUGCGAGUACAAAUGGAUAUACAGAAAAUAAACAAGAAAGAAAUAAACAGUAUAUUAAAAAAGAAAAAUCCACUGAUGAAUUUUUCAAUCAAAUAGCUAUAACUAUGCAGAACUUACAAAGAGAUUUAGAUAGAAUAACAGCUCGAGUGCGCAAUUUAGAGGGUCAAACAUUACAAGCAUUGACACCAUCAAUAAAGCAGUCUACAGCAACUUCAUACCCAAAAUGGUGGCCUUUACCAGAGUGUUCGCCGCGAUUAUUUACUGUUUUAAUCCUAUGGCCGUUCAUAGCGCAAUUUUUGAUUUCUUUAACGCAACGUUAUCGUCAGCGAAGGCUGUGAUUUAAACAUUAUUAUUAUUUUAUUCAAAGUAUAUUCUACUAUUUGCUAUUAGAUGAUGGAUUCAAAUUAGUAUUGAAUUCAAAUAAUAUAGACAUUUUUUAAUAUGAUUCAAGUAAAUUCUACAAUCUAACCGCAUAUAUGGUCAAAACUACGAUGUGAUUCCUGAUUGAUAUAAAUUAAAUUAAUUAAAAAGUAAUUGAACAAAAUUUUUAAAAUUUGUUCUAUCGAUUGUUUACAUAUAAAUAUAUGUACAGUGAUUAUACAUGAAACUUUAUUUAUUUUAAACAUAAGAAAAUUUAAGAGUUUGAUUACUCCUUGUAUGUUUAUAUAUUAAAAAUCAGUAGAUAUAUAUAUAUAUAUAU